UGCGCUAGUCCGCUGGUUUGAGUGCAGGGCUGUUUAGCCCAACGGCGCUCAGAAAGCAAGCCAAGUAGGAGAUCUCAGACUUACACCGGGCGGUUAGGCUUAUGGUGUUUAGUCGUAGGACGUAAAUAUUAUAUAUAUAUAUAUAUAUAUAUUUUUUUUUUAACCGUACAUGUUUUCGUGUGUACACACUGUUGUACUGUUUUAGCUUGCUAGCUAACUAGCUAGCCAGCAGCCUGACAUCAUUCUUUUUUCCCCCCCAAUUCAAAAUAUUUCAAGAUGGGCUAUUUAAAAUUAAUUGAGAUUGAGAAUUUUAAAUCGUACAAAGGUAAACAAAUAAUCGGCCCCUUCCAUAAGUUCACAGCAAUUAUUGGUCCAAAUGGAUCAGGUAAGUCCAACCUCAUGGAUGCGAUCAGCUUCGUACUGGCUGAGAAGACCAGCAACCUACGAGUGAAGACGCUGAAGGACCUUAUUCACGGAGCACCUGUGGGGAAGCCGGCCGCUAACCGUGCCUACGUCAGCAUGGUGUACCAGGAGGAGGGCGGAGAGGAGUGUGCCUUCACCCGGGUCAUCGUAGGUGCCUCAUCGGAGUAUCGUAUUAAUAAUAAAGUGGUAGGCCUGUCUGAGUACAGUGAGGAGCUGGAGAAAUUGGGCAUUCUUAUCAAGGCCAGGAACUUCCUCGUCUUUCAGGGGGCAGUAGAGUCCAUUGCCAUGAAGAACCCCAAGGAGAGAACUGCACUGUUUGAGGAGAUCUCACGGUCAGGGGAGCUAGCUCAGGAGUACGACCGGCGUAAGAAGGAGAUGGUGAAGGCUGAGGAGGACACGCAGUUUAACUACCACCGCAAGAAGAACAUAGCAGCAGAACGCAAGGAGGCCAAGCAAGAGAAAGAGGAGGCCGAGCGCUACCAGAGGCUGAAGGACGAGGUGGUCCGAGCCAACGUGCAGCUGCAGCUGUUCAAACUGUACCACAACGAGGCUGAGAUCGAGAAACUGAACCGCCUGCUGGCCCAGCACAACCGCGAGAUCGACAAAGACCGCAAGCGCAUGGACCGUGUGGAGGAGGAGCUCAAAGAGAAGAAGAAGGAGCUUGGCAGGAUGAUGAGAGACCAGCAGACUGUGGAGAAGGAGAUCAAGGAGAAGGACGCUGAGCUGAACCAGAAGAGGCCGCAGUACAUCAAAGCGAAGGAGAACACAGCCCACAAGAUCAAGAAGCUGGAGGCGGCACGCAAGUCACUGCAGAACGCCCAGAAGUGUUACAAGAAGCGCAAGACAGACAUGGACGAGCUGGAGCGGGAGCAGAGGGCUGUGGAGAUGGCCCGGCAGGAGUUUGAGGAGCGCAUGGAGGAGGAGGCCCAAAGUCAGGGCCAGGACCUCCAGCUGGAGGAGAACCAGGUGAAGGCGUAUCACCGUCUGAAGGAGGAGGCAAGUAAGCGUGCUGCCACACUGGCUCAGGAGCUGGAGAAGUUCAACCGCGACCAGAAAGCUGACCAGGACCGCCUGGACCUGGAGGAGAGGAAGAAGGUGGAGACAGAGGCAAAGAUCAAGCAGAAGAUCAGGGAGAUUGAGGAAAAUCAGAAACGGAUUGAAAAGCUUGAGGAUUACAUCACCACCAGCAGGCAAUCUCUGGAUGAGCAGAAGAGAAUGGAGGAGGAGCUAACAGAGGAGGUGGAACAAGCUAAGAGGAGGAUUGACGAGAUUAAUAUGGAGCUGAACCAGGUAAUGGAGCAGCUUGGCGAUGCUCGUAUAGACAGACAGGAGAACAGCCGACAGCAGCGCAAGGCUGAGAUAAUGGAGAGCAUCAAAAGACUCUACCCUGGAUCCGUGUAUGGACGGCUCAUAGACCUGUGCCAGCCCACACAGAAGAAGUACCAGAUUGCAGUGACGAAAGUUCUGGGUAAAAACAUGGACGCCAUCAUCGUGGAUUCGGAGAAGACAGGACGGGACUGCAUCCAGUACAUCAAAGAGCAGAGGGGAGAGCCUGAGACCUUCCUGCCCCUCGACUACCUCGAGGUCAAACCCACGGACGAGAAGCUCCGUGAGCUCCGUGGCGCCAAGCUGGUGAUCGACGUCAUCCGCUACGAGCCGCCACAGAUAAAGAAAGCCCUGCAGUACGCGUGCGGGAACGCCCUUGUGUGCGAGAAUGUGGAGGAUGCUCGCAGAAUUGCCUUCGGAGGACCCUACAGGCACAAGACUGUGGCUCUGGACGGAACCCUGUUCCAGAAGUCUGGCGUGAUCUCCGGAGGGGCGAGUGAUCUAAAAGCCAAAGCUCGCCGUUGGGACGAGAAGGCCGUGGACAAGCUGAAGGAGAGGAAGGAGAAACUCACGGACGAGCUGAAGGAGCAGAUGAAGGCGAAGAGGAAGGAGGCAGAGCUGCGUCAGGUGCAGUCGCAGGCUCACGGCCUCCAGAUGCGGCUGAAGUACUCCCAGAGUGACCUGGAGCAGACCAAGACGCGCCACCUGGCUCUGAACAUGCAGGAAAAGUCCAAGCUGGAGAGUGAGCUGGCCAAUUUUGGGCCUCGAAUCAACGACAUCAAGAGGAUCAUCCAAUCACGCGAGAGGGACAUGAAGGAGCUAAAAGAUCGCAUGAACUUGGUGGAGGAUGAGGUGUUUGUUGAGUUCUGUAAGGAGAUCGGGGUCCGAAACAUUCGCGAGUUUGAGGAGGAGAAAGUCAAGAGGCAGAAUGAAAUCGCCAAAAAACGUCUGGAGUUCGAGACCCAGAAGACCCGUCUGGCGAUCCAGCUGGACUAUGAGAAGAACCAGUUGAAGGAGGACCAGGAGAAAGUUAUCAUGUGGGAGCAGACCGUGAAGAAAGAUGAGAGUGAGAUCGAGAGGCUAAAGAAGGAGGAGCAGCGCCACAUGAAGAUCAUUGAUGAGACAAUGGCGCAGCUGCAGGACCUGAAGAACCAGCACCUUGCCAAGAAAUCCGAGGUGAACGACAAGAACCAUGAAAUGGAGGAGAUCCGCAAGAAGCUCGGAGGAGCCAACAAGGACCUCACUCAGCUCCAGAAGGAGGUAACGGCCAUUGAGACGAAGCUGGAGCAGAAGCGCAGUGACAGACACAACCUCCUGCAGGCCUGUAAGAUGCAGGACAUUCGUCUGCCCCUCAGGUCAGGCACCAUGGACGACAUCAGCCAGGAGGAGGGAAGCAGUCAGGAGGAGAGUCUGAGUAGCAGCCAGAAGACCUCCAGCACCGUGCUGGCCAAAGAGGCCCUGAUCGAGAUCGACUACAGCAGUCUGUCGGACGACCUCAAGGACUCCCUGACGGAGGAGGAGAUCAAAGCGGAGAUGAACGGCCUGCAGCAGCGGCUCAACGAGCAGCAAAGCAUCUUGCAGCGCAUCAGCGCACCCAACAUGAAGGCCAUGGAGAAACUGGAGAGCGUCAGGGACAAGUUCCAGGAGACCAGUGACGAAUUUGAGGCUGCCAGGAAAAGGGCAAAGAAAGCCAAGCAGGCAUUUGAGCAGAUCAAGAAGGAGAGGUUUGAUCGCUUCAACGCCUGCUUUGAGUCUGUCGCCACCAACAUAGACGAGAUCUACAAGGCUCUCUCGCGCAACAGCAGCGCUCAGGCUUUUCUUGGGCCGGAGAAUCCGGAGGAGCCUUACCUGGACGGGAUCAACUAUAAUUGCGUGGCCCCUGGGAAACGCUUCAGACCCAUGGACAACCUGUCGGGAGGAGAGAAAACCGUGGCUGCACUGGCUUUGCUCUUCGCCAUCCACAGCUACAAACCUGCUCCCUUCUUCGUGCUUGAUGAAAUUGAUGCAGCCUUGGACAACACCAACAUCGGCAAGGUGGCUAACUACAUCAAGGAUCAGUCUGUCCAGAACUUCCAGGCCAUCGUCAUCUCCCUGAAGGAGGAGUUUUACACGAAGGCUGACUCUCUCAUCGGAGUGUAUCCUGAGCAAGGAGACUGUGUUAUCAGUAAGGUGUUGACCUUUGACCUCUCCCAGUAUCCAGAUGCAAACCCCAAUCCCAACGAGUGAUGUUCGUCCAACGUUUCCCGCCACAUCAGGAAUUCUGAUUUGGCAUGGUUCAAUUUUUACAUGUCACUGUACAAAUUUCGAGCUAGUUUAGACUUUAUGGUUGUGUCUCUCUCUCUCUCUCUCUCUCUCCAUAUACAAACUUUUCUUGAUUUUUAGUCUUCAUGGAUUUUAAGUAUAUUUACAUUUGGUAUUUGUGUGGAAAUUGGUGAGACAUUUUUCUUCCACAUUAACAAGUUGUGGCUUUCCUUCCCCGAUUUGCUUGUAGACAUUUUUAUACUCAAUCAUGCUGAUUUUGAUGGAUAAUGCUCAGUUAAAACAUUUACAGCUUACUUCUAAAAACAGAAGUGCUGGACCGUAGCUGCGUAUAGAGCCUAUAAGUAAAGGACUUCCUGCUAUGAUAAAAGAUCGAUGGUUGCUUUUUUUUUUUUUUUUUUUUUUUUUUUUUUUUUUUUUAGAGGUAGUCUAGUCCAUUGCUUUAUGGCUUCUGGUUUUGUCUGUGUGCCAAAGUUUUGUCUUUUUGCAAUUGUAAUCAUGUUUCCUAUUCUACUAAAAUGUAAACUCAUGGACUUUUAAGAAGAAUAAACUUGUUUCCAGUGCUUGGUAA